AUGAGUGACGCUCAGUUCCAAAAGGCUGUCGAGAUCAUCCGCAAUCUGCCCAAGAACAGCCCCGCCAAGGUGACACAGGCUCAGCAGCUCAAGUUCUACAGCUUGUACAAGCAGGCCACCGAGGGCGACUGCAACACGCAGCGCCCUGGUAUGCUGGACCUGACGGGCCGCGCUAAGUGGGAUGCCUGGAACAAGGUCAAAGGCAUGUCGGGUGAGCAGGCUAAGAAGGAGUACGUGGACACGUUCUUCGAGGUCUUCGAGCCCCUUAAGGACGACGCUGAGUUUGCCAAGUACUUCGAAGAAAUCAAGAAUGUCGCUUAA